AUGAAGGAGUUACAUCGCCUGCAGAUGGGAGACAUUGACAAGAAACGCCGCCGUGAACUCGAAAUGGAACGGGUCAAAAUUGAACGGGAGACCGCUCAUCAGAUCCAAGGGGACGAACAUUGCAGCUGUCACACUACUGGAGCACCCUAUGGCCAACCACACAGUUAUGGGAUCUCCUCUGAAACCAGAGGGACCACUGAGAACUGGAAUGAUAUCUGCGAAUCAGACUAUGGAACGCAGGCCACAUUCCUUGGAACAGGAACCAAUGCCUGGGCUCUCUAUAAUUCCAACUUUGCUAGAAUGCAAAUUCUAUACCCUGGCCUUGCCAAGAACACGAUUUACAUGCUCGCGGCGGGGGUUCCAGGACAGAGCGGCGCCGCAAAGUAUAUUCGAUACCGCGCUGACGGCUCUCUGGAAUACAUCCAAACCCUCUCCGGCAAUCAUUUGGUCCUUUGUGGUCCCGACGAUCCAUUGGUAACCCCCAGCGAGGCUCCCUCCUCCUCUCCUUCCACAGCUUCGCCCACAGCUUCGCCCACUGAUCCGCCAGUGACACUGGCUCCCAACAAGCCAGCACACGCCCACGGAAGCGGCGACCCUCAUUUUACCACCUUUGGGGGACACAAAUUCGAUGUGAGACUCACCAAUGGUGCCACUUGCUAUUCCCCUGUUACUCUAUACUAG